AGUAUCCAUGGCAACAUGUAAGCACAGCACACGCCGAGAGUCGGUUUCGAUGUAAACCUGUUCAUUUUCUUUAUUUCUAAUAAAACUAAAUUGAAAUGGACGGCGAUCGAACACCAGAAGAGCAAAUCGAGAUUGCUGAAUCGGAUCAAGGACCUCAGUUGGAUGAUAAUGUCGAACUUGCAAAUGUAUUUUCGUAUUCUUUGGAUCAAAGAAUCAUGGAAGGAUGUGUUAUUUCUGCAAUUCUAGAACCACGUGGAUUGGAAACAAUUGUGGCAGUUUCUGUUACAAAUAAAAUUAUAAUUAAAGACAAGGAAACUUCAUUGAAUAUAACCGAAACAAUCCGUUGUAUUGCUGCAGCUCCAUUUGGUGAUGGGUAUGAUUGUAUUAUUAUUGGAACUGAUUCAAGUGUUAUUUGCUACGAUGUACACAAUAAUCUCACAGUUUUUCGAAAUGAUGUUCCAGAUGGUGUGUCUUGUUUUGUGUACGGAAAACUCGGUGAACUGGAUGAAGCCAUCUAUUGUGGAGGAAAUUGUUGUAUUUGGGGAUUUGAUAAAACUGGUGCCAACACUUAUUGGACAGUAACAGGAGAUCAAGUUACAACAAUGUGUCUAAGUGAUUACGAUAAUGAUGGAGAAACUGAACUUGUGAUUGGAUCACCUGAUUUUGAAAUUCGAGUAUUUAAAAAUGAUUUAAUGAGAACUGAACUAAUGGAAACGGAUGAAAUAACAUGUUUGGCUCAUGUAGCAAAUGGAUGUUUUGCAUAUUCUUUGAAUAAUGGAACAAUUGGAACAUAUGUCUUAAAAGAAAGACAAUGGAGAAUCAAGUCAAAAUCAAAUGUUUCGAAAAUAUUUAAUUUUGAAGAAGAAGGUCUGAUGGUAGUUGUCUGGAAACAAGGAAAAGUUGAUUUACGAUUUGCUCAUAAUGGAGAAGUAUUGUCAAGAGAUUCUGUAUCAUCUCAUGUUGCUUCAGCUUCUGUAAGCAAGAAAGGAGAUGAAUCGUUCAUAACAGUAGUUUGUUUGGAUGGAAAAGUUAAAGGAUUCAAAAUUCAAAGAGCACAAAAUGGAUCAAUUGAUAAAACUCAGCAACUUAUUCGAGAAUUCGGACAGAAGAAACAUAAUUUAAUGAUGGAGCUAUCAAACUAUGAACAAGAGGAGCAACUUGCAGAUGUUGAGAAAGAUCGAGAUUUCAGAAUUCCUGUGGAUACUGAAGUAGCUGUUGUAUUUGUGGUCAACACAGAAUUACAAUUAUUGAGUCUUCGUGUCGAAGCCUCACAUAAUAUUCCAAUAAGAGGUGUACUUAUAUUCGCAGAGGGACUUUUUGAAGGAGAAUCUUAUAUUUGGAUUCCUCCAAAUGAAUAUCAAUCUCGAAGUGUAAUUGAUAUUCCACUUGUUAUUGAUAAGGAUUCAACAAAUGAUUUACACACAAAAGUAUUUCUUGGACAAGUUGAUUCUAAUAAGUUGAUGGUCAUGGAAAAUACAAGGAUUCUUCCGAAAUUCUGUCGUUUCACAUUACUCAGAGAAGAGUACAGCAAGUUUUUCUAUAUGCCAACUGCAUAUAUUCAAUUUGAUAUUAAUAGUCGAGCGGCAAAGCUGUCGGAAUGGGUUCAGGAAAGCUUCACAAUUGAUGCAUCAUUGGUUGAAAUGUUUGAUGAACCAGAAGGAGAAUUCAAGUUUAUGGGUUUACGACCAAAACACGAGAAAUCUCUAAUGUUCAAGAUUAGUCACUCGGAAAAAACUUGCAAGAUCUAUCAUGAUAAGAUUGAAACAAUGGGAGCAAUUGUUCAGAGUUAUGCCAGUUUUUAUCAAAUUCAAAAUAUGGAAUCUGUUGCACAUUUUCCAGAUGUCUUCAAGGAAGCUGAUGAAAUUUUGGAGGAGAUUGAUCCUAUGACAGAAGUGCGUGAUAGAUUAACUGCUGAAUUGCAAGAAAGACAAGCAGCUGUGAAAGAGAUUAUCAUUCGUGCUGAAGAUUCAAUUGCAAUUGAUAAUAUACCAGAUGCCAGAAAAUUUUAUAUUCGUCUCAAAGCUAACGAUGCUGCAGCUCGACAAGCUGCUCAGUUGAGAUGGAACAACCAAGAACGAUGUGUGAAAUCGCUUCGUCGACUCAAUAAGAUUAUCGAAAAUUGUUCACGACUGAGAGUCGGAGAACCCGGAAGACAAAUAGUUGUCUCGUGUCGAUCUGCAAUUGCUGAUGACAAUAAACAGAUUAUCACUAAGAUUUUGCAGUACGGAGCGUCUGUCUGAACAGAAGAAAUGGAAUUGGAAAGAAAAUUAAAUUAUUUGGAAAUAUUAUUGUAGUUUAUGAAUUCAAAAUGAACAUUUUUAUUUUUGUAA